GCCUUCAAAAUGGCCUAUCUUAUAGUCGUGUCCUUCGUCACUAUAAUAAUAUCUUUAUGUUACUAUUUAUUCACAAAAAAAUACGAUUAUUGGAAAAAGCGCAAUGUGCCCUAUCUCGAGCCGACCACAUUUUUCGGGAAUUACAAAGAUUAUCUCCUUUUGAAAACAUAUUUGCCGCAAGUAAUGAGUGAUAUUUGUAAAAAAUUUCCAAAAGAACCGUACGUCGGAACUUACUAUGGAACGGAACCCGCCCUCGUCGUCAAGGAUCCCGAUUACAUCAAACUUAUUAUGUUGAAGGACUUCUACUACUUCAAUAGCAGGGAAGUCGGAGAAUACACCGACAACGAAGUUAUUACGCGGAACAUAUUUUUCAUAGGCGGAGAUAGAUGGAAAAUACUCAGACAAAAUUUCACGCCGCUCUUUUCGUCAGCUAAAAUGAAGAAAAUGUUCUAUCUGAUAGAAGAAUGUUCCACAACUCUCGAAAAAUUAUUGGAUCAGGCUACAUCAGUACCGAGCACUGAAGCCAGAUUAAUGAUGUCCAGGUACACGAUAGACUGCAUUGGAUCUUGCGCUUUUGGGCUGAACACAAAAUGCUUGACGGAUUCCAGGAACCCCUUCCUUAGUAUUGGCCAAAAAAUUUUCGAGAUGUCCAGCAUCAGAGCAUGGAGAAAUAUUGGCCGGGCUCUGUGGCCGUCGGUGUUCUACAAGUUAGGUCUAACUGCGUUUCCCGCUGAAAUCAGUGACUUCUUCUCAAAGCUGCUAGUGGACGUGUUCGAGCAGCGCGACUACAAGGACUCGGGUAGACACGACUUUGUUGAUCUCAUGCUCAGCUUGAAGCAAAACAAAUAUAUAACCGGGGACAGUAUUGCCAAUAUAAAGGGCGGUGACAAGAAAACUACAGUGGAAGUCGAUAACGCUCUCCUGUGUGCCCAAGCCACGGUGUUUUUCGCUGCGGGAUACGAAACCUCUUCGGGCACCUUGAGUUUUCUGCUUUACGAAUUAGCGAAGUAUCCAGAAGUUCAAAAGCGUGCUAUUGCUGAAGUUGACGAGUACUUUAAGAAAAAUAAUAAGUUAUUCUACGAAUGUAUCCAUGAAACGCCAUUUCUUCAGGCUUGUAUAAACGAAACUUUGCGCCUCUACCCUGUGCUCGGUAUGCUAACCAGGGAGGUGGUAGAAGACUACACGCUUCCCUCAGGACUCGUGUUGAACAAAGAUAUGCGCGUCCACAUCCCAGUGUACCACCUGCACAGAGAUCCUAAUAACUUCCCCGAACCGGACACAUUCCGCCCGGAGAGGUUUUUGGACACAGAGAAGGAUAAUAUAAAGCCAUUCACAUACAUGCCGUUUGGAGAAGGACCAAGAAUAUGUUUGGGUAUGAGGUUCGCCAAGAUGCAAAUGACGGCUGGUCUUCUGACAGUUCUGAAGAAGUGCAGGGUUGAGUUAGCCGACCAUACGCCCAAAACUCUUGCGUUCGACGCACGCCCCAUCACCACACAAACAGCUACGGGAAUUCAUCUUAAAUUUAUUCCACGCCAAUAAAAAUAUUAAGCAAAUACAAAAUAAUUAAGUAAGAGCCAAUUUUGUGUAACCGAACAUAGUUAAUGUGUCGUAUAUAGGCU